AUGGGCCUAAUCGACGACGCCUCCUCCAUCCUCUCCGCGCGCACCUCCCACUCCAAGCGCUCCUCCAAGUCCCACAAGCGCCGCCAUCGCGAGCGCGAGCGUGAGCGCGGCCGCGGCCUCGAAUCCGACUACUACACCUCGCGCGCAGCGCGCAGUAAAUCACGUUCUCGCUCGCGCUCCCGGUCUAGGUCCCGCUCCAAGCAUCGCAGCAGCAAGAAGUCAUCUAAGACCGGAGGGGGGUACGUUGCCGCGCUCGGGGGAAUCGCAUCGAGCAUUUUGGGGUUUGGGGGAAGUGGGAGUGACAGUGAUGAUGAGGCGUUUGCGUAUGGAGAGCAUUAUCGAGAUCCGGCGUGGGAGAGGGAGUAUCAGCGGCAGAGAGAGUACCGGCGGAGCGAGAGGGAGAAGGGAGGGGGGCUGUUUGACAUGCCGGAUCUGACGCGGUCGUCGUUUUUCUCGAGCUUUGGCCGCCCCUCAACCCCCCGGGCCUCUUACUACUCCCGCUCCCCGCGCCCAGCCUUCCUCAAGCGCCUGCGCAAAAAAUUCCGCCGCGUCACCCGCGAUAUCCAGUCUUAUGCCGAGCGCCAUCCCAUACAGAUCUUCACCCUCGUCAUCCUGCCCUUGAUCAGCGGCGGGUACCUGACCAAUUUUCUCGCCAAGCUCGGGCUUAAACUGCCCAAGUUCGUGGAGAAGCUGCUCGGUGUGGCAGCGAAGGCCGGUAGGGGGGAUUCAAUCGGGGCGGUGAAUGAUGCUGUUAGGUUGGUGACGAAUGCCGCGGGGAGGGGGGGAUUGAGUGUGUCGAAGUAUGUUAAGAAGGAGAAGGGGAAUUGGUGA